CCAACCCCCAACCACAUGAGAAGGAAAAAAAAUGAAAAAGAUUGCAAAGCUGACCUCCAAAAAUCAAGAAAUCUCAAGUCCUCUCUCUCCCUCCUCCUCCUCCUCCGCAGCUCGCCUCACUCGGAGCCUCUCGCCUCGCCGCUAUGGCCGCCCGCCUCCUCCUCCUCCUCCUCCUCGCGCAGCUGCUCCUCCUCGCGCCGGUGCCGGCGCGCGCGGGGGUGGAGGAGGGGGGAGGGCGGCGGUGCCCGAGGGUGCAGGAGGCGCCGCCGCCGUUCGUCGCCGCGCUCCGGCCGGCCUGCGGGGUCUCGUCGGCGGCGGAGGGGCGCCCGGCCGAGGAGGUUAAUGGACAUGAACUUGUCAAGGAGUUGAGUGGCAAGGAAGAAUGCACUGCUGUACUCUUCUAUGCAUCAUGGUGCCCCUUCUCACAAAUAACAAGGCCAAUCUUCGAAGAUCUUAGCUCAAUGUUUCCACAGAUUAAGCACAUGGCCGUGGAACAAACUAAUGUCAUGCCAGCUGUUUUAUCAAGAUAUGGUGUUCGUAGCUUUCCUUCUAUACUCUUAGCUUGUGGACCAUAUGCAUUCUGGCCUGUCGGUUCUAAAGAUCUUGACUCACUUGUUAACGUUUACACUGCUGUAACUGGUCAAGAACCAGUUGCGUAUCUUGGUCCGAGGAAGUGGAGCGCAGCUGGAGCUGGAAGCACACAUCAUGCGAAACUUUGGAAAAAAACAAUAAAUGAAGCAUUGAAGAGUGAACCCUACCUAGCAUUCAGCAUCCUAUUUAUUUGCCUGAAGAUGCUGGUCGUCUUCUUCCCAAAGAUUUCCGCCUGCAUCAAAGGAAUAUGGGUCCAAUACUUCCGGAAUAUCAACCUUGGCAUCCUUGCCAAACUGACCCAGCUGCUCCAAUGCGUGCCUCAUGCUGUAGACCUGAGAAAGAUUUGGAGCAAAUGGAGACUCAUGGGUGGAGCUAUGAACAACAGGGUGUGGGCAUCAUCUCUCGCUUCCAUGUCGUUCGGCGAGCGAUCUUCUCCCCGAGCUGCUGUUUUGGAUUAAUUGGUUCAGCACUUUUAACAGCGAUAAGAAGGCAUGCAAAUUCUUUGAAUUGCACUGGAUGUAGAAGCUCCUGUAACUCACAUGAGCAUGUAGUGAAAGAUAUGAUCUAUGCUCAGAGAAAUUAAUACGCCUUGUUUGUAGCAUGUAAAUCUUAGGGAUACUGCUGAGCCGCUGUAAAGUAUAUGACAUUUGUACCAUUUAUUGUCGGUACCCACCAUCAGAAUCAAGACUGGAUCUGGUUUUUGAGCAA